AUGCUUCGAAAAUAUGGGAAAGAAUUAAAAGACGCGGAAGGAUACAAGAAAGCAAAGUGAAGAGUUGAAGAAAUAGGCGGAAACCCUCGAAAAUUCCAGAGAAGACGCAAAACAAGAGAAGAAAAACUGGCUGAAGUACAAAAUUGAGCAGGCUGUCACAAUCUUCCAACCAGAGACUAAAUAUAUUUCGAAGACAGCAAAACUUGAUGAUGUCUUUCCCAGCUAAAUACUGAUUGAAUUGUCAAUUUUUCAGAAACAUCCGCUGGCAAACAGUCGGAACAAGGUCAAAGACAAGGAUGGUCACGACAUGAAAAUCACUUUCGGAAAGCUUCACGAAAAUAUUCUGAGCAUCUACCCGAACCGUCAAUUCAUCUUAAUUCCUGAACUUGUGAGUUUGGCUAAACACCGUACUUGAUGACGGGAAACUUCUUGCAUUGCCGAGAGAAAAAAAAAAAAAAAAAUGAAAGAAAAAUUUUUUUGAGCUGUGAAAAAUCUCUUGAAUUAGAUAGUGUUUGCUCUAUGGCUAGUUCAAUUUGCAAUUAAAUGAAUACUAGCGCGCACAAAUUCAUUUGCGGCGAGGCUCAGCUGUCCUCGUCUCUUACUGUUAUACAAUAAACUGGGAAGCGAAAAACCCAAGAUUUCAAGAUAGAAAUGGAAAAAGAACGGAACACGGUGGGUGAUUCCUACGUCCGUCGGCACAAAAUCGGCCACGCUGUCGAACACAAAAAGGAAAGGACCAAAAAACGCAACACUUCCUUUUUCUCCUUGUCCAGGUUAUUUCCCAGAUAGAUUUUCUUUUUCAAAACAGUCUCUAAGGAACCCGGACGGAGAGUCUCCUGAUACAAACAAGAGACCCGAGCAGAGCGAAAGCGAAGCGCAGAUUUCGAUAAGACACACAGAAUCAACGACUAAGGCGUCGGUCGAAAAUGGUGCUCUUUAUAAGCUUUUUUUUCAAAAUCGACAUACUUCAGAGAUAAACACGACGGACAAAACGGCAACUAUAUUCGCUAAAAGUUGGUACACGAAAGCCUUGCAAAUCAAAACACGGAACAAAAAAGACACCAAGAAUGUCGCUUAUUGGACCGAAAUGUAGGCAGAAAAGGUUUUGAGGAACCUUAGAUAUCGGUUCAGAGACAAAGAAAACACGACGAUGAUAGACGAUGAUGAGUUCGCCGUCACUGCAGAAACCAUUGAAGAUGUUUUUGAAACUGUCGAUUAAUGACCAAAAGAAGUUGUUCAGACGUUGACUGGGGCAUCCGGCGUGAACAGACCAGAAGAGUUUCGACCACCUAAAUUCGACGAAGCAUUCGGAUCUUUGAGCAAGAUGGUCGAGGAGGCCAAAAAGUCUUCGAGCCGGUAUGAUUCAUUCACUUCGACUCGUUUUGAAGUCCGAAAAAGAAUUUUGCAAUAUUGCUAGAACAAAAAAAGUCAACCACUUUUCCUAUUGAGAGCUCACGUCUACCGUAACACUGUUUGGGGUACUAUCGAUUUCACAAAAUCUACCACUGCUAAAAAAGAAGAGUAAUACAUUGGGACUUUUUCACACAAAAAAACGUGAUCAUUUCAGGGCCAAGUCGAAAGAGAAAACUGGUCAAGCUUCAGUCACGUGGGGCACCAGGAUUGAGGCAAGGAACCUCCAACGAAAACAGAAAACUAAUUUUUUCCAGGUUUCUGUGUACAAAGGCAAAAGAAUGAAGCGGGACAAGCAUCAGCUGUCCGUACGGUUCCAAAACCCGAAAACGGAAAAAAUGGAAAAUAUUAUUCUCAAUCCUCCUGAAAAGCCCUGUGUAGUAUAAAGCUUUCAUUCUUCGUUCUUCGUUUAAUCUUUAAAAAAAUACUUGGCAAAACCUGAGCACUCAAGGGGCUAGAGUCGGGUUUCGAAACUGAAAUUCGACCGUGAAAAACUUUGAAAAUAAGAAGGAAAGUUACGAUUUUUUUCGAUGCGUCUUUAAUUUGAAAAAUAAAAAAAUUUUUUUGUGAAAGAGAAUUUUUCGCUAUGCCCAUAGCAAAUAUUGAAAAAAAAUUUAUCGACUUGCUGGACUUUUUUAAAUUGCAUCUUUUCAUUAUGCAUUUUUGGUCCCAACCUUAAGUCUCAAAAAGUUCAAAAAAACCUGCAGUAUCGGAAAAAACAUCUCUUUUCUCGCUUGCACGUAAUUUUUUCAAUUGUCUUUUAUAAAUUCCAAAUUGGACUUCCAAAAAAAAAACCCCCCACGUAAAGUGAAAAUCCAAAUUGUGGCCAUUUCGUCUUUUCGAGUUCUCGUCAGCACGUUCUCGAUUGAAGAAGUGGUUUGAUAACAAUCAAAAUCUUAACCUUCCAGAGUUUUCAGCAAAGAUGGGAGACCUGAUUCAACUAGAUUGUGGAAAGAAAGUCAAGCAAUGGAGAAUCGAUAAAAAACUCGGAGAAGGAGCUUUCGGCGCCGUCUACAAGUGCAGCAACGAAAAAGGCGAUUUUUACGCUUUGAAGGUUGGAUGGGGGCCGAAUACCAGAAAGUAAUAAGAUGCAGGUGGAAGGUAAGGACGAAAAAAUCCAGCUACUCAAAAUGGAAGUCUACGUACUCGCCGAACUGAUGAAAAGCGGUGGAAGGCAUUUUUGUAAAAUCAAUGACAAGGUAAUUAAUCCGCCUCCGCAAGUGGAAUGGCUCAAAUUCGACCGCUUCGCUUGAAACCAUUCUUUGUGCGACCAAGACUUGAAAGGGUACAAAGGAAGAAAUUUUAAGGGAACAUAUGAGAACUUCAACUACGUGGUGAUGACGUUUGUCGGAUUGUCGCUGGCCGAUUUGCGACUCAUGUCGCCCGGAAAAAAAUUCUCGUGAGUAAAAAUGUUUCCAUGAUCUUUAUGAAAAUGACUUCAGUAUGGGAACAGCCAUAUCGGUCGGCAUUCAAUGUUUGGAAGCUUUGGAAGAUUUGCACAAUAUUGGCUAUCUCCACAGGUAACCUUUAAUAUUACUUACCUCGGAGUAUCCCUCUAUUUUGGUAUUGACUUUCCGAAAAUUUUGAUAACAGAGACGUCAAGCCAGGAAAUUACACGAUUGGAAGGCCUGAAGUUGACGAGCUUCGCAAGGUCUAUGUACUUGACUUUGGUAAAGCCUUCAGAGUUCUUUUGAACAGUGAACGGCUCAGGAAUGGCCAGAAAAUUCGUUCACGAAGAUGGAACGAUCAAGAAACCAAGAACUGUCGCCGGCUUCCGUGGGACAGUCAAGUACGCGCCCGUCAGUUGCCACUCCAACAGGUAGCUUGAAAACAAAUUUCAAAGAAAAAAAAAGAUUCUCAGAGAACUUUGUCGCCAAGACGACUGCGAGACUUGGCUCUACAUGCUGGUUGGGUAUAAGUCUUGCGCAAUAAGAAAGUCUUGCAGGUCGAACUAACAAAGGGGUCGCUGCCCUGGCGCAACCUGACUGACAUCGCUCAGAUCGGCAACGAGAAGCGGAUGUGCCGAACAAACGAAAUCCAGCAGAAGAAGUUCUUUGGAGGGUAAAUUCUCAACUUCGAACAAGAAGGAGAAUCGAAGUUGAAGUUGUCCUCGCGAAUUUAUCGACGUGAUGCGCGCCAUCGACGGCGGCAAGUUCUUCGAUGAGCCCGACUACAAUCGGAUUUACUACCUGCUCAGACAGGCGAUGAAAAACACUGGAGCCGUCGUGAGAAACUUAUUUUGAAUAUCAAAAUUACGGAAUCAAAAAAAAAAAGAAAGGACAGUUCGAUUACUGUUGCGAAAAGGCUCUGGGAAGCUACAGUUUGUAGAAGAUUUCUUUCUUGAGUUUCAAGUGGAGGCAAAAUGUUAAAAUAAAAAAUAACAAGGCGAGGAGCCGUUUUCAGUGUAAUCAUGACUUUUUCAGCAAGGCUUUUUUUGAAAAGGCUAUCCCGAACUUAUUUCUAGAAGAAAAGAACUUACAUAGAGAAAUUUUUCUUUUUUCGAGAGCGGUUUCUCGGUAAUUGUUCAAAGGGCUUUCAAUUUUUUUUUCAUAGUUAAAAACUCUUUGAGAAAUUCAUCUUUUGAUGCCAUUUUUGAGCGAUUUCUGAAGUAAUCUGAAAAUCUUUCUGAACUCCGAACGAGGAAUCUUAUUCUCCCACAUCGUUGCAACUCACAAUUACAGGAAUUCCCGUACGACUGGGAAGACAGACUGAAAAAGCAACACAAGGAAGAUCAAGAGAAGAAAAAGUCGGGCGUGAGUUUGCUCGAGAUGUAUAGCCUAUUCCGCGCCAGCUUGUCACGUUUUCCUUCCCGCCAAAAAGACCGUAUACCAAAUUAGAUCAAAUGUAUGCUUUUAUAACGGCAAGAAACAAAGGUCUUGAAGCGAAAAUUGGUUAAAUUUGACCUGGUCUUUUUGGCGGAAAGAAAAACGUGAAAAAGCUGCGGAAUGGCCUAUAGAAAUGUAUACAUACUCGGUAAACAGGCGAUCAUCCCUAUGGCUCCUGAUGACGCGCCCUCGCCGCCGAAAGAAAAAGAGGAUAAGAAGGAUGAAAAGAAGGAUGAGAAGAAGGAGGAGAAGCACGACGGACUCGUUCAAGAGCACAAGGGCGAAAAGAAGGACUGA